UGAGAGGGAUGGGCAGAAGCCUGCUGUUUCGUCAGAAGACUGCUUCGGCAGCACAAGACUAGGGCGGCCGCUGGUCUGCUGUAUGCCCCCGCUCUGGUACCUGCUCUCUUUCCCUGAUCCUGCUCCUCCUUGUACGGAAGCCGCCGCCUUCGCCGCCGCCGCCGUCGCAAGCUACAGCACCACCUCAUCGUCGUCACGCGUGGUUUCUGCUGCUGCUUCCACCGUCACCAUGGACACGAUCAAACAGCAGUGCAGCAAGGUGUCGUCGUCGUCGUCGUCGUCGUCCCUGGAGAUGGAGAUCCCUGCCGAUCUCAUCAUCCGCAUCGGCGACUCCAUUUUCCCUCUCCACAAGGCGGUGAUGGUGCCCAAGUGCAGCUACAUCCGCCGUGCCAUCACGGCGUUGGCCGCAGCGGCGAGCAGCAAGGCCGCCGACGACGGCGACGCCACGGCCACCGUCGUCGAGCUGGACCUCUCCGCGCUCCCAGGCGGCGCGGACGCGUUCGAGAAGGCCGCGCGGUACUGCUACGGCGCCAACUUCGAGAUCACGCCUGCCAACGCGGCGGCGCUACGCUGCGCCGCGGCGUUCCUCGACAUGCGCCACCCGUCGGCGGACCUGGCACGGCGCGUGGACGAGUUCCUCGCGCGGUCGGCGCUCCGCACGCUGCCCGGCGCCGUCGCCGUGCUCCGGUCCUGCGAGGCGCCCGACGACGACCUCCUCCGUGCCGCCGCCGACGAGCUCGGCGUCGCGCGCCGCGCCGCGGAUGCCGUCGCGCUCGCCGUCUGCCGCGAGGCGUUGUUCCCGACGACGACCACGUCGGGGUCGUCGCGGCUCCCCGGGUGGUGGAAGGUGGAGCUGGCGGCGCUGUCGCCGCGCUCGUUUGCGAGAGUCGUCACGGCGCUAAGGUGCCGCCGCGCGGACCCGGCCGUGGUGGCCGCCGCGGCGGGGAGCUACGCGGAGCUCGUCCUCGCGGAGGUCCUCGCGGCGCCGCGGGACUGCGCGGACCAGCGCGCCCUGCUCGAGUCCGUCGUCGACGUGCUCCCGUCGUCCGCCGACGCGCCCGGCAUCCCGGCGUCGUUCCUCUGCCGCCUCCUCCACGCCGCCGUCGCCACCGAGGCGUCCGCCAAGGCGUGCCGCGACCUGGAGCUCCGUGUCGCGGCGGUGCUCGACCAGGCUACCGCUGAGGACCUGCUCAGCGUCGCGCUGGACGCCGCCGGGGAGCGUGUUAGGAACACCGACACCGUGCGACGCGUCGUGACUGCCUUCGUCGAGCGGCAUGCGGCGGCGGCGGCGGCGGCGCCGGAGAGCGAGAGGAGGAGGAGCCGUCGGGCGUCCAUGUCCGGGACGACGGCGGCGACGGAGCUCGGUGCUGGGACCCGGCCCGGCGCGCUGGAGAAGGUGGCGAAGAUGGUGGACGAGGUGGCGGCGGAGAUCGCGACGGAGGAGGCGCUGCCAAUCUCCAAGUUCGUCGGCGUGGCGGGCGCGGUGCCCAAGGACGCGCGGCCGUCGCACGACUGCCUGUACCGCGCCGUCGACAUCUACCUCAAGACGCACCCGGCGCUGGACGAGAUCCAGCGGGAGAAGGUGUGCAGCGUCAUGGACCCGCUCAAGCUCUCGUACCAGGCGCGCCUGCACGCGUCGCAGAACAAACGGCUGCCGCUGCAGGCGGUGCUCAGCGCGCUCUACUACGACCAGCUCAAGCUCCGGAGCGCCGCGGACGCCGCGACGUCGAUGGGCGACGUGGUGGCGGACACGCAGACCCAGUCGUCGUCGGCCGCCGGGAGAGCUCGCGCGCAGGCCAUGGCGGACGCGGCGCUGGCGCGGGAGAACGAGGCGCUGCGGGUGGAGCUGGCACGGAUGCGCGCAUACAUGUCCGGGACGAUGCAGCACGGCAAGGGGCGCGAGUCGUCGACGCCGGCGUCACCGUCUCGGACGGCGAAGAAAGCGACAUUCUUGGGGACGGAGCUGGCACGGAUGCGGGCGUACAUGUCGGGGAUGCACCACAGCAAGGGGAGCGGGGCGACGCCACCGGCGUCACCGUCCCGGACGGCGGCGGCGAAGACGAAGGCGAGCUUGUUGGGGUCGGUGUCCCGGUCGCUGAGCCGGCUGAACCCGUUCAAAGGCGGGUGGACGACAAACCACACCGGCAGCAUCGCCGCCGGUGGACGCCCGUGCAAAACGAUGCACCAUGUGGUCACGCCCAAGAGGAGAAGGUCCUCCAUAGGUUGAUGGUCUGUGCAAUUUUUAGGAGAGCGUGCGCAUGGCUUGUAGUUCCAUUAUUAUUAUUGUGUGUGUGUGUGUGUGUUUUUUUUAAAUUUAUUAUUGUACUAAUAUAUAUGAAUGUGUGCCUUUUCCCAAAAAAAAAGAAUGUGUGUAGUAUGAAGUGGCUUGCUAAAAAAACUAAAAUUACAUGUUCGUAUCAGUCAUCAUUUUUAUCUUUUCUUUUAUCUUCAUUUAUUUGCCACAAGCACGGGGAGCUUAGUUUUCUGUUUUUCAUGUGAAUUCACGGGACAAGUUAAAUCAUCUAGAAAUUUGUUAGGCAGCAUGUAUUAUUUUUGGCACAAACCCGAGGAGCUUAAUCAAUCUUUUGAAUUUCAUGUGAA